AUGACUGAAAAUAUUACCAAACCGAGAGUAAUUAAGACCUCGCAGAGUCUGCUCCUGAGGUAUGAAUUAUACGAGCGGACGUAUGCAGUAUCAGUAUAUCCCAUAAAAUCCUUAAACGGAUCCACAAUUCUAAUAUGUGGGCAUGAAAAUGGCGUUAAAAUCAUCUGGAGAGGAGGGAAAAAUUUGAAGCAACAACCUGGGUCGAAUCAGUUCACUAAGUCAAACGGAUUCGUAGAAAUUGCUUCUUCUGAUAUCCACAUUGAAACAGAAACAAUCAAAACAACGGCUCUGAAGGAUGACCAAGAAUUUCCAAAUGAAGGACAUAAUACUGCUGAUUCUUAUCCUGAUAUUACCCAAGUAUUAGAUUUGAGCUUAGGUAUCAGUGUUUAUCAUCUCUCUGUUUUACCAGCUUCAAUUAUGAGAUCCUAUAAGGCCGCUCCUUCUAAUAUUAUUGUAUUUGUUGCUGUAUGCGCAGAUAAAUCGCUCAGAUUAAUUUCACUGCCUCUCUUACCACCAUCACAAGCUUCAGAAUCACGACCUAUGUCUCAAACAUUUUUAUCGGAUUCAGACACUAACAAUAGAAGAUGCGGGGAAAGUAUCGUCAUUUUAAAUGGGCAUCAACAGGUGUCAGAUGGCGUCUCCAUGACUCUAGAAUCAUCAGAUGGCGACCUAAACUACAUAAUCGCCUCACAUUCGCGGGAAAUAGAUGGACGUCUCCUUAUCUGGCGAAGUCCAUUAAAAGAGCCUUGCAUACAGACUGAGCCAAUUCAGUCGAUUUACUUGGCAUCUCCAGCAAGAUCAAUUUCAUUUAAUCCUUCCCCUAAUAAGUCUAAUUAUCUGCUAGUUGCCGAAACAAUUGGGGUCUGUCGGAUAUUCGAUUAUACUACUCCUAAUUCCCCAGACAACACCCCUGAUAUUCUCUCUAUCGCACAGGGAGGUUGGCUCCUUUCACUCUAUACGGGAUUUCCAGCUCCCAAAAAUAGCUCUAUUCCAGCUAAAUCUAAACUUUCAAUUGAGCGUAAGUCUAUAGCUGACGCAAAAUGGAUCCAGAACGGUAGCGCGAUUCUAGUGCUACAGAGCGAUGGUGAGUGGGGAAUUUGGGAUACGGAGACCUCAUGUUCUCCACAGGGUCUCCUUGGCCGCCAAGGGAUAACUGGUGGCUCUACAACCGAAUAUAGUCUCACAGGUUUCAUCGAUCCGGCAGUCAAGGCCCACACUGCUGGCUCGAGCCAAUCUCUUAUCUCCAGGUUUGUACCUAUGACCCCUGCAACGCGGAAAUCUUUCGAUCCUUUUGAAGGCCAACUGGCAGACUCAUCGCGAAACCAGGGGCAAAUAGUUACUGUCGAAAUCCCCACGAAUGCUCCCAGCGAAUUUGUUGAUGAGGCGAUACUAUUUCGCCUUGGUAAAGCCUGUGUUAUGAUCCCCAGCAUGAAAAAAUACCGAAGUUUACAUUCGCAUGGAAAUACUUCAAGCGGUGUCUUUGGGGACUCCAGUGCACAGAUCAUGAAGCUCGAAGGCUUAGACCUCCAAGGCGAAAGAUGCUCAUCUGCUGCAAUGAUAUUCAGCAAUGAAGGAAGCCCCGCCUCAUAUACAUUGGUGCCUGAAGUGCUUAUUUUGGGCGAGCACCGUUUUGUGAUAUCCAGACUCGGGAAUAGUCGGGUCGCACCAGCGAUACAAAGGCUCGCUAUAAUGGAAAAUUCCAUGAGUAAAUCUGACUUGAGUAAGACUGAGGAAUUAAGUGUCGGGAGUAUCGCAAUGGCUUUGGAACAUAUGGAGGAAAGAUUAGGAAAUUUUCGACAGAAGCAAAGCUGA